AUAGCCAUCUUGUCGGGAGGUGAAAUUUUUAGGUUUUCUGUUUCCGAAGUCUCUCAGUCAGUUAGCCGUAAACUUUAAUUCCUAGCCGUUUUCCGUAACCGUUUUCGUACAGUACACGCGACGUGUUAAUCGCUGAGUGCGGUGACAUCAGAGGCAGCGUGCGAAAGCGCGUGUACAGGAUGCGUUUGAUACUUAUUUGUAGGUAGAGAAGUGAGAGGCAGCGGGGAUCUACGCCAGCGGCCUGACACACACCGCACAGCUUGUUUCUGCCCGGACCGAGCUCUGUUUACCAGCACACGAGGAGGAGGAAUUCAUAGUCGACGCGUUGUCUUGUGUGGGCGGCUCGCGGGGGCUGUGUUUGUCCGCCGUUGAAGCGUCGAAAAUGCAACAGGACAGAAGAGGAAGACGGAUGACGCACAAUCAUCGCGCAAAACUGUGAAAUUGGGUAAGAAAUUUGUGAAGUUCACCGCGUCUUCGAGGAGCCUCGGGCAUCUUAAAGACUUUUAAGCAUGUCUAAGAUGCCGGCGAAGAAGAAGAGUUGCUUUCAGAUCACGAGUGUGACUCAGGCUCAAGUCGCGGCCAACAGCGCGACCGACGACACCGAGAGCCUGGACGACCCGGAUGAGUCCCGGACAGAGGACGUGUCCUCCGAGAUAUUUGACGUGUCCAGGACCGACUGUGAGCCCGAGGUGUGUGACAGAAGCUCCUCCGAGGAGACCUUGAAUAAUGUAAGUGAAUCGGAGGGGCAGUUGCCCGCUGUCGCUCCCCUGAACGGGGGUUUUGGGCCGCGCAACGCGCUCUCCGUGGGUCACCAGAGCGCAGGCAACGUUCAGGCCUCUGGCGCACAACAGGCUGGCACAAUGGCCACGUCUCAAGUCACAAAUUCAUCAAGUGCGACUACUAUAGCCAGUUGCAGUUCACGCUUCAGGGUCAUUAAGCUUGACCAUGGCUCCGGAGAGCCCUUUAGGAGGGGGAGGUGGACCUGUACCGAGUAUUAUGAGAAGGAUCAAGAAGGCUCUGCGAUGACCAGGACCGUGGAUGGUAUAAGGCAUACGAAUAUGACGGAGCCCGGAGCGGAUAGGGACAGUGGGCUCGGGACCACUGUUGGCUCCCUAACGGCACAGGUGGGCGUAUCUGGCCAGGGGCCCGACACAAGUCAUGACUCUUCUUUCACUGGCCCACUGCAUACUCUUGAGCAGCCACACAGCUUCAGCAUGGCCCCACAGCAGGUUGCAUCAGGAUCUGGGCCCCCAGACUCCUUUAGUAAUAAGCCAGUGCCUGUGUCAGUUCAACAGCAGGUGUCGGGUAGCUCUCACACAACUGUCCCUCCGCCUGGCCAUGAUGGAGUACAUCAGGGCGCUCACAUUCACAAAUCUCCCAGCAUGCCUCCUCCAGUACAGCCAAUGCUGUAUCAAACCCAACCUGUUACGCAUCAUCUGCAAUCCCAAGCUGCGCUGACUGACUAUGGUCAACAGCACAUGCCGAUAACGGUCACCCAGACCCACCCAGGGGCCAGCCUGUCCGUUGUACACGGCAUCAAUCAGGGGUCAUCGCCCGUUCCGACCCAAGCCUCCGGAGGAGUGCUGGUUCAGGGUGUCGAAAUGUCUGGCAUCCCUGAAGGUGUUCCACUAGGCAGCCAGCUGCUGUCACCGGUCCCAAGCUUGGUGCAGCAUCCCGGCGUGGGGCUCUUGAGCAACGUCACCCCCUUGGCGCCAGGGACCUCCAUUCUGCAACAGCCAGUGGCACAGUACCAGGUCUCAGGAGCAUUGCAUGGUUUGUCUGCAGCACCACAAAGCACCCAGAACAUGCCCUCAGUGUCGAUUGCAAUCGGCAGUGUGCCAGCCUCAAGUGUGCCCAUUCCUGGAGGGGCAACGAUACCCAACCUUAAUACCUCUGCACACAGUCAGGCAGAUGAGAGCCGGAGGAUGUCUGAUGCUGCUUCUGCACUGAUUCCUGCUGUUCACAAUAAAGACAUGGUGAAGCCCUUAAUCUCAGAAGGCCUGCAGUUGCCCAACCCGGCUGUAAGCAGUCUUUUCGGAAUAUCCAUUCCCAUUGAUGGGGAGGAUGACAGGAACCCCUCCACAGCUUUCUUCCAAGCCUUCCAGUCUGGCAGUAGGCUUAAGGACUCAAAGAUGACCUGUGAUAGUGCCUCAGGAGUGAGUGUCGUCGCCAUUGAUAAUAAAAUAGAGCAAGCAAUGGAUUUAGUGAAAAGCCAUCUGAUGUAUGCUGUGCGGGAGGAGGUGGAGGUGUUGAAGGAGCAGAUAAAGGAGCUCAUUGAGAGGAACUCUGUGCUGGAGCAAGAGAACGCUGUGCUCAAGUCUCUGGCCAACAGCGAGCAGCUCUCCCAGCUCUCCGUCCAGUCCAGCUCCAACCCCUCCAGCGCUCCCUCCCAGCUCGGGCCCAGCAUGGCCCAACCUCCCCAGCCCCAGCAGCCCCCACAGCCUUACCUUCAGCUGGACGCCAGCAUGACCAUGGACUCUCUACCACGACAACAGCAGCCCAAUGUCACCUCGGCUUGAAGUGCAUCCUCGCUCUUCCUCAGCAUAGAGAACGCAACCUCUAAUUACAUAUAUAUAUUAUUACAACAGCAGAAAAUCUGUCUUGUUCACUACCAGCAGUGUGUUUCAGUGAGCGUAUAUACUGUCUGCCUUUCCUUUGUCAAGACCAGAGAGGUGUUUUCUGCUCGGGCGCAACGCUAGCAUGCUUGUGGACCAUGGUCUUGAUCAGGGUCCCACUUGGCUCCGCUCCCCUGGAAGAGGUUUGUGGAGAGAGACUAACCCCAAGAGUUAUUUUUUUAAUAAAGAGAAUCCAGCCAUGAAAGAGGUGUAUUUUUUAGCAUUGCAGUUUUCAUAUUGUAAGAAGCAAGAGUCUAUUUUCAGAGCCACCAUACUUUACAACAUGGUUUUGAUUGACUAGUCAAAUUAAAUUGUACUGUUUGUUAUUUAUUAUAGAGCUGCUAUUUUCAGAGAGGAACAAUGUCACAGAGAGGAACCUUUUCAAUUUGACAAUAAUUGGUCAUAAAACUCAGCAGCAGUCUAUGACAUAAAUCAUCAAUUCACCAAACAACAACAACAACAGUAGCAGUGGGUAGAUUUCAAACACUAACAGCAAAAUUUCCUAGCGGAUAAAGAAUUUGAAGGGGUUGAGACCUGGCGUGAAUGUAUAUUUUGUAUAGUGUAAAGAAUAAAAAGAGCAUAAGUUUGUACAGGUUUGUGGGAAAAGAUCGAAACUGAAUCCUCAAUGAUCUGUCCUGAUGAAGAAAACUUCAGUUCUGUUGCUAGAAUGUUGAAAAAAAAAAACAAAAAAAAAAAAAAGAAGUCAGUUGCCAUAUU